AGCAUUAAUAGUUGAUAGCUGUGUAAAGCGUAAAAAGCGCUAAGAUGACUAUAGUUGAAAUGUGCGACCGAUUCAAAACAAACUAUUAAAUAUUUCGUUGAUUAUGGUACUUUAUUGUUUAUUUAGUUGUAUAUCCAAGGUUUUGUACAGCUGUUUUGUAGAAUGAAGGACAACCUUUGAUGAUGAACAUAUAAAAUACGGUUAUUUAAAUAGUAAAAUAUAUUUUUCAAACAAGUGAGAACAAAACUGACAAAGAUGACUAAUCUGGGCCGAAUUGUGAUGAUUAAUAUUAGCAAUAUAUCCAAAUAUAAGGGUUAGUCUUGCAUAUAUAAUUGGUAGGCAACUUUAUUCUUAUCAGUACAGGCAGCCACUUAGACUAAUGAUUUUCUAUUUUUUGAUGGAACGGAAGCAUUUCAGACGCGUACGAAACCCCUGUACAAUAAACUAACAAUUUUCGAGAUAUGUACUAUAAAUAUAUAUGUACAAAACAAAACUUGAUUCUGGCGAAACGAAAUGACCUAUGAAGUGUUGCAAGUUUGGUACUAGUGGCAAACCUAAUAUAUAUUUGACAGUCUUUGCAAUAUGUAUAUAAUAUUAUCGACUCUGAGAUUUAAAUGAAAAACUGCGGAACUCUUGGACUCUACUGACGGAACCCUGUGUUGCCGCCAAACUUAUGAUGAAGACCACUUGGACUUGGACAUGCGAAUGUUUUCAUCUCUACAUGAUAUUUCAAUUUAUCGCAGGAUUGAGAAUCGAUUACUGGUACACUGUAUGUUGUUUUACAGAGAAAUAAGACUAUAGAUUAGUUCCAACCUCAAAUCAUCAAAACCAAUUGAAAAUGCGAUUCAACGGAAAUUUGUCAAUCAUAGCACAUGGAGAAAUUGAACAUGGCUACUCUGGAAACGACUACGUUAAAACUUAUGGAAAUGUACGAAAUGAUGUUGAUACAGCAUGGAGAAUGAGAAGCGUCGAUUUAAUUAUUGCUACAUUCAUGGCGUUGGUGGGUUUGGUGUCAGUUUUUGGCAAUAUUCUUCUCAUCUGCACAUUUUACAGUUGCCAAAGUCUGAAGAAGAAAUCCGCCAACGUCCUCACGAUACAUCUUGCUGUCAAUAAUACCUUGGUAGGGAUUGUUGCAUUGAAAAUCGGGACAUUAUUGUUUUUGCAGGAUACUGGCCAAAAAGUCAUUACCUCGUUUGGUGAAGUUUUAAGUUGUCAAGUUGAAGGAGCCGUGCUAUCAUUUGUACACAUAAAUGUUAUGCUGACAAUUGCUGCAAUGUUUGGAGAUCGUUAUGUCGCAAUCUGUUUUUUUGGGAAGAAAUCGUCGUGGUUGAGCAUCUGUCAUCAUGAACCGUACAAAACUAUUUUGCUAAUUUGGAUAUACAGCGUAUUCUGGGCCUUUUGGCCACUAACACCAAUUGUGCCAGACUACAUAUUAGAGACUUCAUUACCAUGCUGUAUGUUCGAUCGACAAACAGCCUCUUUCUACAACAUCUUCUAUCUGGUGGGAAUGUCUAUCUCAGUUUUAACAUGA